AUGGCCACGUACUCCCCCUUGGCACCUUUCUCGUUGGCUCUCAAUGACAAGGAAAAUGCAAUGGCCAACGAGGUCCUCUCCACAUGGAGGACAACGGCCGAACGUACAGCAACAGUCGAAAUCCUGCCACCGGGACUCGACGCCGUGACAUGGGCCGGCGUGCUCGGGGAAUUUAAAUCAGUCCUCGGAGACGAAGGCGUCUUAACUGGGCAUGAGCAUCGUGUCCGCUACAACGACCCAUAUUCGGAGGAAUCCGAUGAGCAGGAGAAACGCGGAAGCUCGGCGACCCUGUUUCCUGUCACCGUCGAGCAUAUCCAGGUUGUUCUGAAGAUCUGCAACAAGCACAAGAUUCCCCUGUGGACUGUGUCGCGGGGGAAAAACCUGGGAUACGGUGGCCCGGCCGCAAGGGUAAAGGGUUCCAUCAUUCUCGACCUCCAAUGUAUGCGCAAAGUGAUCGAAAUCAACGACUGCUACUCCUAUUACACCGUCGAGCCUGGUGUCACCUUCUGCGACAUCUACCAGGCCAUCCAAGAACAAAAGAAAAACAUCUGGUGCUCCGUGCCUGCCCUAGGCUGGGGUUCGGUCGUCGGCAACGCUUUGGAUAGGGGUUGGGGAUAUACCCCAGCGGGCGAUCACUCGAACCAAAUAUGUGGUAUUGAGGUGGUGCUGGCAGAUGGCAACGUUGUACGGACUGGUGCUGGUGCGAUUGACAAGUCACCGUGCUGGCCGCUGUUCCGUGGCGGCUAUGGGCCCACAUACGAGAGCAUGUUCAGUCAAAGCAACUUCGGUAUCGUAACAAAGCUUACGCUUUGGGCAUCGCCCAGUCCGGAGGGCUUCAUGGCUUGUCGCAUUGAUGUCGAGAAUGAGAAGGAUCUGUCACCACUGAUAGAUGGAUUCCGCAAUCUGCUGCUUCGCGAUAUAAUUCAAAACCACCCCUUGAUCGGGAAUAUCCCGCGCGAGAUGGUCAAGCGUGGACAGCGCCAGGACUUUUAUGAUGGCCAAGGUACGGUCCCAGAUGGCCAAUUGAAAAAGAUCCAAAAGCAGCUAGGGAUUGGGUUCUGGUCCGCGAGAUUUGGAUUAUAUGGACCUAAGGAAAUGAUCGAAUACAACUGGAAGAGAUGUCAAAAGGUCUUCGACAAACUUUCCGGUGCGAAGCUUACAGGCAAAGCGUACUAUCCUCCUGAGGGUAGCGAGACUUUGAGUCCGGAAGAUAUUCCCUUUCCAGAGCGCACUGUCGAGACUGGCACUCCCAGUCUCAUGGCUUUAAAGGCCGUCGAGUAUCGCGGCAAGGAUGGUGGUCAUAUCUCAUUUUCCCCUGUUCUACCACCCGAUGGCAGCUGCGCUAUGGCAUUCUAUCGUGAUGUGAAGCCCCUGUGUGCCCAAUAUGGCUUCGACUAUUUUGGUGGCCUCCAUCUCUACCCCCGCCAUCUCACUAUGAUCAACAUGAUCUACUUCGACCGCACGUCGAACUCCGAGCGUUCCAAUGCCAACAAACUCUUUGUGGAUCUUGUGGAUCUUGCACGAAAACACGGAUACAGCGAGUACCGUGCCCACAUCGACUACAUGGAUCUUGUUGCCGAUCAGUAUGAUUUCAACGGUUGCAGCUUGCGGGCGCUGAACGAGCGGAUUAAAGAUGCUCUGGACCCGAAUGGAAUCUUAAGCCCCGGGAAGCAGGGCAUUUGGCCGAAGCAAUAUAGAAAGGAGAACAAGACAUUUUAA